CUCUGCUACUUGCCCUCAUAUCCUUCUUUCUCCACUGCUCCUGAAUUAUUUUCCCCUUUUUUGUUCCCUCCCUUUUCUCCAUUCCCAAAUAAAAGUCUCCAUCCCACUCACUUGCUUACUAUAUUUCUCCCUCAGUCAACACCUUCGGUUUUAAAACUUUCAAAAUAUGCAAUCAUUCAUCCCUGUUCUCGUCUCAGUCUUCUUCGCCUCCACAUUACCCAUUUCCUUCGCUGGUCUUCUCGCCGAACCGGUGACCGUUCCCGCUUUCCCGGUCCAGAGCCAGACCCCCACAUGUCGCCUCGACCUCUCCAAAGAGUUAUUCGGCGGCGUCAGGGACGCUUGCGGCAAGAACCUCGACCGCAGCCGAUGUUGUCCGGUUCUGGCCGCCUGGCUCUUUGCCGCUCACGCUCGCUCGGCGCUGGAGGUGUCCGCACCUGCUCCGGCUCCAGUAUCCGGCAGCGACCUUCUUCCAAUGAUGCCGGAUGACUCCCAGAAGUGCGUGAACUCGCUCCAAGACUCGCUCACGAGUCGCAACAUUAGGAUUCCACAACCCAACGCCACCUGCGAUGCUGUCCUCUGUUUCUGCGGCAUUCGACUCCACCAGAUCACCUCCCUCAGCUGCCCCGGCGCGUUUAACCUCACCGGAGCCCACAACGGCAGCUCCUCCGGGUCCCACAUGGCCACUCCAACUUCUGCCGUGAAAAAUUUAGAGAAGAAUUGUCGCAACUCUUCCUAUGCUGGUUGCACCAAAUGCCUCAAUGCCCUUCAAAAGCUGAAAGGGAACAAGAACGGGACGAAGGAGGGAGGGGGAGACAGAGCGAGCAAGAUGUUCAACCGGGACUGUCAGCUGAUGGGGUUGACGUGGCUGCUGGCGAGGAACAAGACGGUGUACAUACCGACGGUAUCGGCGGUGUUGAGGGCAAUAAUGUACAGUGCACACCCACAUGAGUCCAAGUGUAGUCCGGACCAGGAGAACAUGCCGCUGGCCGUUGAUUCGCUGCAGUUCGAGAAGGACAAGGCGCCAUCCUCACCGUUGAAUGUUAGGGUCACGCUUCUUCAGAUGAUCAUCAUUCUGGCGUCUCUUUUGGUUUAGGGGUACAGUUGGUGGGAUGCUCUGUGCAACGUUCCGCACUGUGUCUUGGUGGGAUCUGUCGGGGUCACGUGAAUGUACGACAGCACCGUUUUGGAGGGACUUGUUGUCGUUUUGUUCUCCUGUACAUUUCUCUCCUCUAUCUUCCAGAUAGAUUAGUCAGAUGGAUGUGUCUGUAUAUGGCGCCAGCAUUUCUUAAGCUUUCUCCCUCCCAUUUUGCUCAUUCAUUCUUUUGCCUUCCUCAAAUAUAUAGAAUCAUCAUUCCUACUUAUUGUCUCUGUCUAUGUAUUAUAUUACUACUUUAAUUAUCUGGAUAGUGAUGGUGCUUCCUAAUUU